AUGUGGUCAACGGGUUUGAUAAGACGUACGGCAAUGUCCGCCGCGAUGCGAGCUUCUUCACAGAGGACGUUGCUGCUUGGUGGUGGUGGUGGUUUACGAAGCUUCACCGUCAAAACAGAGGAGGAGGAAAUGAAGAAAGAGAUCACUAUGGCGGAGGCGAAGAAGCUAAUGAGGUUGGUGAAUGUUGAAGACAUGAAGAAAAAGCUUGUCGCUAUGUCUGAAAGAGACGUCGUGCCUUACAGUUCACUUCUUGAAGCUUCUCAAGGAAUGGGUCUCGCUAGAUCUCCCGACGAAGCUCACGUAUUCGCUCGCGUUCUUGACGAUGCUGGAGUCGUCUUGAUCUUCCGUGACAAAGUCUAUCUUCAUCCCGACAAGGUGGUGGAUCUGAUCAGACGAGCGAUGCCUUUAGAUGAAACUCCAGAGGAAGAUCAGAUCAAGGAAGAGUUCAACAAGAUGAGGACCAUAAAAGAAGAGAUCGACGUGUUAGCUCACAGACAAGUGAGGAAGAUUCUUUGGGGCGGUCUAGCUACUGCGAUAGUUCAGAUUGGUCUCUUUGUAAGACUAACUUUCUGGGAGUUCUCGUGGGAUGUGAUGGAACCAAUCACGUUCUUUGCGACUGCGACAAGUAUCAUCGUGGGGUAUGCUUACUUCUUGAUAACUUCGAGAGAUCCGACUUAUCAGGAUUUCAUGAAGAGACUGUUCCUCUCGAGGCAGAAGAAGCUGUUGAAAAGUCAACACUUUGAUGUUGAGAGGUUUAAAGAAUUGGGAAGGAUGUGCAAAAUGACGUCGCCUUCGUCUUGUCACGCGGCUGCGACUAUAAGGAACCGUGUUGGGUUAGAACUUGAUCUGGAGGAUUCAUUGCAGAGUCCCAAAGACUGA